AUGGCCUCCCACCGCAUCGGCGCCCGCCUGUCUGGCCUCUCGCCAGAGCAGCUCGUCGCCUUCAUCGACGAGCAAGCGCCUCUCUGGAGCGCCGCCGCAAUGCGCGUGGCGGAGGAGCACGCCGCACGGCUCGUGGAGCAGCCCGAGUGGAUCCUCUCCGAGUGCUCAAGUGCUCAAGUUGGUAACCUCACACCCGGCGUCGCCAAAAAGAAACGGCUCUCGCCAGCGCAGCUGUGCGCCAUCAUCGAGGCGCAGGCGGGCGCGAGCGACGCCGCGCUGCGCGUGGCGGAGGAGCACGCCGCUCGGCUCUCUCGAGGUUCUCGAGGUGGAUAUCCUUUGGCCGCGUUGGGUAGCGAGGCGAUUGGUGUGACGCGAUCCACGCAGGCGUGUUUUCUGGCGGCCGACCGUCACUCGUGGUACGUGGAGCAGCCCGAGUGGGUGCUCUCCGAGGCGGUGAUGGCGGAGGCGUACCUUGUGUGGGACCUACGCGCCGGCGAGCUGGCGGGCGCGCGACUCGAGCAGGCGGAGUUGGGCAAGUGCAAGCGGCGGCAGGCGGGCGCGGAGGCGCUUCUCGCUGUCGUUCCAGUGCAGGACGUGCCGACGCCAGAGGAGCCCGCGGUCGAGGAGGAGCCGGCGGCGCCGUGGAUUGCCGACGAAUUGGACGCGCCGACGCGCGAAGUCUGGCUCGCGUGCGUGCUCGCCUUCGAGCCACACGAGGCUGCCCUACGGCGCUUCGUCCAGUACAUCAUCGAGGGCCCGUUCAUCGCGUCGGCUAGCAGCCUCGCGGCGAGUGAGCUGAGUGCGCUGCCGCAGCCGUGGGUGUGGUCGCAGCCGUACCCUUCGACCACGAAGGUCUUCCCCAAGUCGUACGGCACGUGGAUGAAGAAAGAUGCGGUCGCGCAGGGGUGGAUCCGCGUCCUCUUCGGCGGAGCCGGCACGGUUGGGCUGCACCGCUUGGGCGCGCCGUCGCAAAUCCCGUGGCACAACGCCGACGAGCAGAAGUUCGCGGACAUCGUCUCCGCCGACCCGGCGAAGCAGCUCGCCGCGGCGUGGGAGCUCGCAAAGAUGCUCGUCGGCUCGCUCGACAGCGACCGCGCCGUGGCCAAGGCGAAGACGGGCGCCGAGGGCUUCGCCGUCGAUGGGCUGAUGCUGCUGAUGCGGUACUGCAAGCUGUUUGAGGACAGCGUGCCUCCGCUGCAGGCCGCUGGCGUCCUCGAUGCAGGCGGCCCGCUCGACGAGGCGGGCCGGGCGCGCAACCACAUCUUCCACCCCAGCGGCGCGACGGCGCCCGGCGAGUCCAACUUCCAGCUGACGCAGGCGAAGAAGGAGGAGCGCAUCGGGAAGCUCGAGGCGGUGCUGGGCCUGGUGGAGAGCUGGGCGGGCCUGCCGGCGGGCUGCGGGAGCGCCAUCGCCGCGGCGAAGGCGAAGAUGGCGGAGAUGAAGAAGCAGGACUACGCCAUCGGCGACUUGCGGCAUGCGUACGAGAUGUACCUGCAGACCGCGGCGCAGAUCACCGCGGCGCAGAUUGCGGACCUCAAGGCGGAGGCGGGCAACAUCAAGGACGAGGUCGCGUCGCUCGCCAACGGCGUGGCGAUGCUUUGCGCCGCGCUGCCCGACGACUGGCGGGAGAUUGCCGAGGGCCCGCUCCGCAAGCUCGGGCUGGACCAGCUGCCGGAGCGGCUAGACACCCUGCAGGCGCAGCUCGAGCAGGCGCUGACGGCGCGGCUGCAGGUGGUGGAGGAGAAGGUCGACCAGACGCUGGCCGUGGCAGAGCGGACGGACGCGGGGGUGGCGGCGCUCCGCGCGGCGGCGGCAGCGGAGCAGCAAAAGUCGCAGGUGCAGGAUGAGCUAGCUCUCGAGAGGUCGCUCCACGAGCUCAACGCCCAGCGCUUGGAGCAUGACGCCCAAGGCUCAAAGCUCAAAGCAAAGGAGCUUGAGACUCUGGCCUUGGCUGUGAAGGCCGGCCACGUGCGGCUCGAGGAUCUCGGCAGCGCCAGCCCUACGGCCCGGCGGCUGAGUAUGCAGCCGCAGCUUGAGGCUUUGCUCAGCAUCGGCGGCGGCGGCGGCGCAGGCGCGACGCUGCCUGUGGCGAGCUCGUCCGCCGGGCCGUCCUCCUCCUCCUCGCAUAGCGGCGGCAGCACGGCGUCCUCCGUCAUGACCAUCACUAUGGAGGGGAGCUUGUCGGGACCGCCGCCCUUCGACCGCCAGCAGUUCAAGGAGAAGUUCGCCAGCAAGCUCGACAUGACGCCAGAGCAGCUCAAGCUGAGGACGGGCUACUUCCGCUACGAGUCGAGCCGCCACGAUUCGACCUCCUCGGAGGACGGCAGCGAUGUCUCCGACUUGUCCGCGGCCGAGACGGACAUUCAGUCGGCGGUCAGGCUCGCCCUCAGGCCGCGCCGCAUCGCCCUCGACGCAAUCGAGGUGCUCUGGACCGAGGAGGGCUCCAUCAUCGUCUGCGUCAAGCUCGACCUGCCGUACGCGCUCAAGCUGAUGGACCUGUACUUGCGCGGCGACUCGAGCUUGAAGGACGAGCUGCGCGUCAUCGGAGUGGGCUUGGGCGGCGCCGCCGCGCAGCCGAGUGAGGAGUCGAUGCGACAGUUCGACGAGCCCGUUCGCAGAGUGCUGUUCGCGCCCGACCAUUUCGCCGCGUUGGGCAUCGCGCGCUCUGCGACCGAGCGAGAAAUCGUCAAGGCCUAUCGCUCUGUGAUGAGAGAGCUGCAUCCGGACCGUCAGGUAUCGGCGGCGCAGGCAGCAGAACAGCCAUCGGACUCUGAUGGCGCGGCUCUCCUCCAGCAAGCGAGGGAGGGCACCUCCCUUGCAGCGGAGGGGGCGACGCCGGCAGCGGAACAGCCAUCGACUCUUGCCUGCGGCGUGGCUCCUCUGCAAGCGAGGGAGGGCACUUUCCUUGCAGCGGAGGGGGCGUCGCUCGCCGCAGCGCCCGCAGCGCCUGCAGCGCCCGCAGAGCCCACAGCGCUGUCGGGUGCGCGUGCUGCAGAGCCCGCUGCACUUGAUCCAGAUGCAGAGCUGCAGCGAGCUUCGGCGGCGGCGGAGGCGGCGCGAGCUGCGCUCGAGGAAGCCGUCGCCUCCUCGCAUGGAUUUCUUCUAUCGAUUGUAGACCGAUUGCACCCGGCCACGUCGGGAGUCAGUGAUGAAAAAAAGAAUGGAUGGCCACGCAAUUUGAGUGACAACUAUUACGAAUUGCAGGGAGAUUGUGAAUUGCAUGACAUCACAAUGAGAAUACACCCGAACGAACUCGGGAGCCGCGUCGCGGAAAUGGGCGGGAAACCCAAAAGACGCGUGGCUCGCACUCCGAACUCAGAUUUCUUCUUUCAGUUGCAGACAAAGCGCGACAGGUUCUGCCCCCUCGCGCUCCAUGGCCCCAGCCCCGCCGCGCGCCUCUCCGGGGCGCUCUGA